CUGCUGAAAAAUCUAAAAGUGAAAACCUGCGUAGAAAACGUCCGAUUGUAGGAAAGUACGGUAUUCAAAGUACCAACGAAAUGGCUUUUAAAAGGCCUGCAACUUUACGCGCGAGUUUUCGAUUUCCCGCCAUUAGAUUUGAUGCGUCCACGCUAUUGUUGUUCAGCGGAUUCACGCAUGCGCAUGCAAAAUGCCCUCCUGUUCUACAAAGUAUGGAUUAAACUCCUUCAGAUUUUUCGCCGCAAAACAAUGGAACAGUAUUCCAAACGAAUUGCGAUUAAGAGCUGGAGGACUAGAAUUUAACAAACAAGUGAGGAACAUUCAAUUUUAGUUAUCUAAUUUUGUAAUUUUAGAUGCCAGAUAUUUUAUAUUUUUACACUUCUAUGUACAUAUUUUCUUUCUUUCUUUCUUAAUAUUGAUUUGUGGAAAACCUGCAAAAUAGCAUUAGCUAAGUGUUUCUCCCACGUUAAAUAAAGAUUAUGUUAUGUUAUGUUAGUGCCUCGGUUGGCCUCAUACUAGCUACGGCGCUGAAUACUAUCAUGAUCGGCGGCGAUCAAUAGCACAAAUGAAGUUGUAAAAUUGGCUAUAAAUUACCUUGGGAAUUAAUUUACACGUAACCACGUGUUACCACGGUAACUACACCCGCGUUGAAUUUUACCGCGGCUUUUUUUUACCAUGGAAGUGCCUUUUACCGGGGUGUGUGUAACCGCACCUUAAAUUCACGUUAGAUUCCUUUGAGUUAGACCCCCUCUGUGGGUAUUCGGCUAUCAGACUCUGUGGUCAAAUUUUUUGUGUGGUGUGGAUCCUACGUUGUCAUUUUUUUUUCUGGUCUUUGUUUUGUUUUGUUUUUUUUGUGCGUGUUUGUUGUAUCUGUUUUUGUUUGUUUUUAUUCGAAUAGCCUCAUCCAGUAAUCAACGUAUUACAACGGGAAUUGUAAAAGUUAAUAUUUUUUUGGUAACUUUUUUGCCAUAUUCAUUUCAUUGACAAUUGAUAAGGGAACAGUUCUUCUCCACCAGGUGACAUUUGAAAGGUUUUCUGACUCCGUAUCGACCGUUUCCGAUCCUUUCUUCCAAAAAAUGUGCCUGAUGCUGCUAUCUUACCUGGACCACUUCGUUGACCUUGACAACGGCUGUUGGAAAUCUUCAUUCUUAUGCACUGAACAAUUGUAGUAUAUAUAACUCCAUUACCCGGCCGCAGUAAUUAUCUAUGGUGGUAUAUGCGGAAGGUUACAUUAUUUAACGUAUACUACUUUUCUUCCGUUCACUCCUUUUCUCCGAAAAAUCGCUUAAAUGAUCAUUUAGCCAUCUUUCUAUAGCUCAGCGCUGAAUAGUUCUUAUUUUUAUAUGCAAAUUACGCCCCCUUAUUCCCUUGAGACAUUACUUAUAAAUACAAAACCAUAACUUCGUGUCAAACAAAUACUGUCUCCCAAGUAUUAUUUCAAACGUUAAGCUAGUUUCUGAAGACCGGAAUAGCAAUCUUUCAGUUAAUUCAUCCGUGCGAGUUUUUUUUAUUUGCUGUGUUAUUUUUACCUUCUUUAACCUUUUGAGCGGUUAUUUUGAACUUAAUUUGGUGGAAGUUCCCACUGUCUGAAUUAGUGUUAGUGUAAAAAUUUUGACAGUACUAUUUCGGCACUGACAGUCUCAUAAUAUGACUAAACACAUAAUUCGAAUAAUGUCUGAAUUAGUGUUAGUGUAAAAAUUUUGACAGUACUAUUUCAGCACUAACAGUCUCAUAAUAUGACUAAACACAUAAUUCGAGUGUCGUUUUAAAACUCUUGGCUGGGUUUGUCUUGUGAAGCGUCUUAACACAUGGCUAAUUUUUCUUUCCUUUUACUGAGAUGUACGUGUGACGUGUGACGUGUAACGUGAUUUAUAAGAGAUAACUGUUCCUUCACAUUAAGUUUUGCCGGUAUAGUUUUUGUUUGCAGUGACGUUUAUUACAGAGCCUAGAAGACCAAUUGGGAUGUUUGUUAUUUAAAGGUUCACUUUGCCUCACUCUUUUAGUUUCCAGAUCUCUGCUCCAACGUAGCUAUGUUGUCCAAGACACUUUUUAUAACGGGUGGACAGGUAAGUCUGUAGGGUACUAGUUCUUCUAUUAUGGAUUAUGCACCAUUCGCUAAAGUGAGGUGAUUGUAUAUUGAAAAUGUGAUGGACAGUCGAGUACUUGUAGAAUAUUUUUAAAGCACGUCAGUGUAAUUUAUAAAGGAAAUAAAGGGAGAUGUAAAGAAUAGACCAUAAGAGGACACCAAAAAAAUCUGAGCCCCAGAUGGGAUUCGAACCCACGACCCUCCGUUUUCUAGAUCGGAUGCUCUACCCUCUGAACUACUGAAGACUCGUUGGCGAGCAAGGGUCAUUUUUGUGGGUUGGACUUGCGAACCGCAUGACGCAGUCACGCAGUCCAUCACAAGCAACACAUGAAAAUGACCCUGCUCGCCAACGAGUCCUUAGUAGCUCAGAGGUUAGAGCAUCCGAUCUAGAACACGGAGGGUCGUGGGUUCGAAUCCCAUCUGGGGCUCAGAUUUUUUUCUGUGUCUUCUUAUGGUCAAUUCUUUACAUCUCCAUUUAUUUCCUUCAUAAUACUAAUAUCAGUGGCAGUGUAAUUUGCUAUUUGUUGGUUUUCACAUGACGUCACUAAAAUUCAAACUAAAAAACUAUCGAUCGUACCGAGAUUUUACUUUCACGAUGCAUUAGAGCAGCUGAAAACUAAUUUUCACACAAAUUUUAGCUUCAAAAGAAGUUCUUGGUUUUGUGAUAGAGUACGCUUGAAUUUCUAAGCUUUUGCGUGACGCGGCAUUUACAUGACGGCCAAGAGAGCUGUCAUGUAGGUUAAAAAAUGACUUCUAUGAGGAAAUUUUGCUAUCUAAACAGUUCAUGUAUUAGAAAAAGUAUUACUUUAAUGUUUGUGAUUUUCUCGAAGAAUAAAUUCACGCUUUUGUAGCAAAACUCGGUAACAGAUGUUUCUGUUGGUUUCCGUCCGCCAUGUUGGAGUUCAUCCAGGUGAGCACCAGCAUGGUGUCUCCAUACAUAUAAGUUUGGGUAAAACAUUUCUUCGGAUAUCUCGUAUACGAAAUAUUCCUCUGAGCCGAAUCUUAGCGAGGGUCUUUGUAUAUGUACCUCCUUUCAUUUCCCAGAUUCUGGACUUUGUCUAUUGAACGUUUUUGAUUUUUAUUUCGAUCUAUUUUGAAUGGCGUGACACUGAAAACCAGCAAUACGUGUCCUCUGCCGUCUAAUUUUGAUUACUGAUAGAAACUCCCGAGGACCUCAAUGUAGUUACAGUUUAAAAAUCUCAAACUGACAGCUUGCAGUAGGUUCAAUCAAAAUUGAGUAGCUUUUCAUUAUUUCUAGUGAUAUUCCGACGGUCACUGCUCAUUCAAAAAUCCGCUAGAUUUCUAACCCAAAGCUUAUGAAUGCACAUUAUUACUAACUGGGAUAUUCAACAUUAGUUUUGAGAGAGGGAAUUGGUUAUUGGAGUAGAAGAAAGACGGAUGAAUAUCAGUGUAAAGCCUGGUUCUCAUAUGCACGACAUAGCUGCCGGCAAAUGAGGACAUAACGCCGCCAUCAACAAGAAACAUCGCAAGUCUUUACGGCCGGCAUGCCUGCGAAGUCCAACUCGAGUCGAUUUCAAAGGCAUGCCGGCGGCAAAGACUGACAUGGCCUCUUUUGCCGACGACUUCUGUUCUCACAUAGGAACGGUGUCGCAGGCAGUACCGGCAGCUAUGUCACAGUUAGCUCAGCGCAUAGGAAGUAAAGAAUUGCCCGCUGAUUAGUCUUACAUUUUUUGACAAGCUGUUUGAGAAAUUACUGAGAGGCAGUUUACGUAGUACAUGGUUCCGAAACUUGGCAAAAGCGUUUCGAAAUAUCAAUACUUCUUGCACUGAUUCAGUUAACCCACCGCUGCUUAUUAGGAAAUUGGAUCAUUACGCUUCUUCCAGAAAGUACCCUCUGCCUUGGUAUUUCUUUCAGAAAAAAGAAACAGGGUCAGCUGUAGGGCCGUUUCGGAGGUAGUAGCGUUGCGUUACGAGACAAAUAACGGCUGUAUGGGAGACUAGGGGCGCGAUCCAUUCAACCAAAAUUCCAACCGGUCCGACCGGGAAAAGAGGACCACCUCAAAAGGUGGACCCGUUUUUUCGAAACUUUUCCGGUUGGACCGAACCGAUCCAUUGAGUUUUGGACCGAAAUUUCCGGAAAGUUUGGUUGAAUGGAUCGCGCCCUAGGUCAGCUGGGAUCUGGGACAAAUCUCUUUCAGUUGGAAAAUACUAAAAGGGUUUCCUCUGAGGGAUUUUAAAAAUGACCCAACAAAUGUCGUUAGUGUUAAGAAGAUUAGUCUAUGUUGUUGGGAUCUGCGAGUGAGGCAGAUACUGUGAACUCCAAAUAGAGUGGAGUUAACAUAGACCGACUGUUUUCUAUUUAAUUGUUCACAGUACACGUGGGCUCUGAACUGAUCAUACUGCUAAUGCUACUACGUCGCUUCUCUCGACCUUGUUUACACUGUUUUCUUUUUACUUUUAUUGUUCUUCCAUUUAGGGACACAUAUCUGUCUGGGACGUCCUUAGCGGAAGGCGUGUAAAGACCGUUUUAUUGGGAGAUGACGACAUCUCUGUGUUCGUGCGUCAUGUGCAUGUGUGUGAUAACAAGUCAGUUGUGUGUGAUUACGGGAAAGAGCUGAAAAUCGUGAAUUUUCCUGCGGUCAUGAACAAAGCAGAAUAAAUCAAGGAAACAAGUAGAGUUUGCCGCAGCCUUUAUCAGUUCUUUCUUCCAUAAUCAUAAAAUAUGUUGGAAAGCUGAACCUUAUGUGAAAUGGUAUACAAAUUCCAAGCGAGUUGUUUUGACGAACUAAGUUUUUCCCACGAGCUGGAGUGCUGUGUUUAGUCAAGUGUGACGAAGGUCGAUUUUCCAGUUCAAAGUUGGCGGGGGCCGUUCAAGUGAGAGUUUGUUGUAAUUAUUGGCAGAGGCUGUUUGGUUUUACUUAAUUCAAGUCAAGUUUGUGUUGGCGGAUGCUGUGUUUUAAAGCUCUUUAAAGACUUUCCUUGUGCUAAUCCGACAACCCUGCGUGUUGAUAGUCAGUCGGCUGCGGUCGCACUCGGGGGCUUAACCGAGUUAUUUCCAGUUAACUAAUUAAAGUUAACUGGUUUAAAAUAUCAGUGAGUGCGGGCGGGUUGUCUUCAUUCUUAACCGAGUUUUAACCGGGUUAUGCAAAUCAAGCAAGAACAAUAGAUUUUCUUCACCAGGUUAGGUUUUCUUAAACCACCUUACGAGGUAGUUUAGCGCAGGUUAUUAAAACGUUAUCAAUCAGUCAAUCAUGUCCGCCUACGCGUGAGAAUGUUCCAAAUUUUGGCUUUAUCUUGCUUGCAGGCGCAACCCCCGGGGGGGGGGGUACUUGGGUUAAUGUUUGCUGGGUAUGUGCCGCUGGCCUCUCAGAGCCCCCACCCCAUUUUAGUCUAUUUUUUGGCCAAUUAUAGACCCCAUCUUAGUCACUUUUUGGAAAAUGUAAUUUUUGCGAUCCCAACUUAGUCACUUUCUAUUUAUGCAUCUACCUUGCCAAUCCUUUAAAAAGCCGGGUCAUCCAAAAACGAAUUGACACAAUUUUUAAACUGAAUAAAGAAUACUUUACUUUCACCUACAAUACAAGCAUUCUGGUACGUUUGCUAACCGUAAAUAUUUACAAACGUACCGUCAUAAAUAGUUGAAAAGAAAAACAUUCUUCUUCAAACGGGAACGUUAUGAUAGAAUUUUGAAUACGGAUAAAAGCAAAGGCACUAACAGAAGAUAGAAAGCACAUAGACCGAUCACAUGCACAAAGAACUGCAUAUUUUACGUGAAUUUUACGCAAUUAAACUGCCCUUAAUUGUCAAAACCGAAACAGAACAACACACCCUCGGAGAGAUCGGUAAUAAGAUAACACGUGUUAUUCUCGCUCGGUGAGAUUUUUGUCUCACCGUAAGCUGGCGAUAACAAUGGCCAUGGCAGAUUAUUCUCAGUCUCAUUCCAGCGAGAUUGAUUUCAAGGUUUUGAUUAGGUGUGUCGUCAAAGGGUAUCAAGAGUGUAUCUUUAAAGUAGAAACAGGCGAUAUAUUUACUGCUGUUAAGAAGAUCGGGGAUUACGGGCGUGCAUUCAAGGUUGUUGACUCCAAGCGAGGUCAACUUGGACAUCUUCAAAGAGAGGUUGUUUCAGUGCUCUGGCCAUUAACAUCUGAAAUUUCUUGGUAAGUUUUAAAUGAUCUUAAGCGGUAGUUUGAUCCUCUUUAGCGUAAUAACCAAUAAAACUAGGGAUUAAUUAUACUUCGAUAUGUCUUACCUAAGGGGCACCCAACGAGAACAUAGUUCAAAACCACUUUAACAUAACAUUGUUAAACGUAUUUUAGUAUUUAAACGAUAGAUAUAGGCAUAUUUUUAUCCCCUAUAAAUUUCAUCUGUUCGGAU